AUGGUCGACACGGACGAGGACCCCGUGGCCGUGGUUGUGUUUGGUGUGCCGGACGAGAUUGAACAGGACGUCGCUGAUGAACAGGGGCAGGAAAACGGAGGAGAUGAAGAGGAUCUUCCGGUACUAGAGCUAGAUGAUCGAUACGGUGGAGAUCGCGGACGAAACGAAGGUGGAGAACUUCGAGAGGGAUGCAAGUACUGA